CAAAAAGAGGAACAAGAAUUGCUGGAGCGUCAGCGGCAGCAGGAGCAACGACAGCAACAAUCACAAGCGCAAUCGCAGCAGCAGCAACAGCAGCAACAACCGCAUCAGCCAGAGAUGCAUGAAGCAACCCAUGAACAGGUAACAAACCACGGGAGUAGUACUGAGCAAAUUCUGUAUGAUUCGUACAUCCGCUACGACAAUCAGAUGGAUCAUGGCUGGGCGGUAGAAAGCUGA